ACACUUUUAUUUUAACAAUGGGCAGAUCUAGGUGUUGAAGGGACAGGGACCGUAUUGGACCCAAAAAGGGAGGUCCUCUGGGAAAUCAGGGAACAGAUUGGUGUGAGAGAGAACCAAUGAGUCAUACAGGGACUGUGUGUGUGAGUAAGACACACACUGUGUGUGUGCGCGUGUGUGUGCAUGAGUGUAUGUGUUAGAGAGAGGAUUCAGCUUCCCACUUCCACUACCCUCCUGAUGAAAUCUCUCCCCAAAAGGAACACUGGUGUGUCAGGAGGGACUCCUAUAGGAGCUGGAACACUGGUGUGUGAGGAGGGACUCCUGUAGGAGUUGGAACACUGGUGUGUCAGGAGGGACUCCUGUAGGAGCUGGAACACUGGUGUGUCAGGAGGGACUCCUGUAGGAGCUGGAACACUGGUGUGUCAGGAGGGACUCCUGUAGGAGUGAUUGGAAUACUCCCUGUUCUAACAAGGAAAUAAUCAACCAGACAACAUCUUAUUGACCUUCAGUUUAUUCUAAGGUGCAGGAUGCAUUGCAAAUCAAAUAUCUUAUACACAAGGCACGUGGAUGUGGCUCAAAUGUUGUGUUGUUCUAACCGCUAGGCUAAAUGCCACGGCUACCUCUUCAGGAGGGCUGCCUGCUCUAAUCCUGGCUCGGACGGGAAAAGUCUGGCUGGAAGUGACCUGGCAACCAAAGGGUUUCUGGUAUCAAAUCCUAGAUGCCAUUGUCUGCCAUUGUGCCCUUGAGCAAGGCACUUAACCCCCCACAACAACUGCUCCCUGGGCAUCCAGUGUGGCAGCCCCCUGCGCUUCUCCCCCAAAAACUUUGUGCAUAUGUGUUUUUCAGAGGCGUUGGGUUAAAAACAGAAGUCAAAUUUCAUUUGGAUCUUGUGUGCAAUUGACUGAUAAAGUGAUAUUGAUUACAAUGCGAUUUUGAAAUUACAUAUUUUUUUAUUUGGAAUUCAAAUGAUAUGUAACGUUUUUAGUGUUAAAUUUUUUGUAUUUACUCUUGGGAAUUUGCCAUUAUCAUAGUUCUAGUUCUUCCGCUAGGUGUCGCUGUUGUCCUCUGUUUUAUUAUAAGAACCUGAGUUUUAUUAUAAGGACCGUUAAAAUUUUAAUUCUAACUCUAGUUGGUAAUUUACACUCCUGUUUGCUAUAUUCACAAUUGAUGUUAACAACAAAGACAAAUGAAUUGAAAUUGACAUUGCAAAUCAAAUAGAUAUCUCAAUUGCUUUGCUAUAUGGCUCAUGACAGCAAUGACAUGACACCAAAUUAUGAUUCAUCUCUAUAAUUCCCUUUGAUGAAUCAUCUAAACAAUCAAUGACCUGCCUCUGUUUUUAUAGCUGUAUGGGAAACUGUUAGUUUUGCAUAAUAUAAACGCUGACUCUGGCAGGUAGGUGGGGUUUAACGGGGCUGAUUAUUUACGGUACUUUUUGUAGCAGCAGAGCUCUCCGGGAUGGCAUAAGAGUGGCUAUUACUACGGGAGGAGAAAGCCUACCGACCAAACAAAAGACAGAGCCUCGUGGACUCGUUCCAUCGGCGAUGGCACAGCUAGAGGUGUUUUUGUUCACGGCUCUAGCUCGCAUUUCGUCUGGGAAAUCCGCUUCCUUUAUUGGCUAAUCCUGACCGGUACAUCAACCGACACCUCCAACUAUGGAUUGCAUUGAAGUUCCACCUUGUGUGUUUCUGCGUCAAGACAAUAAGAAGUAAGAGGAAAACAUCACGGACGACUGUGGGUUAUUCUCCAUUCCGGACUGAUCCCCAUCUAUAGAGCGGGUCAUUGAGAAAUGCAGAAGUCAACGGAUUUUUACCCGAAAUAGAUUUUGAUAGACUAUUUUGUUUCAAUCCUUGGCUGCAAUAUUCAGGAUAUUCCAUUGGUUGACGUGUAAAGGGCAUGGACACAAUGUUUAUUAUCCACUGUCUACGCAAGUUAUGUUUUAGCUACCAUAAAUUAUCCCUGUAGUUAGAAUAUAUGUCUUUGUGCUCUCUAUUUUGCAAUUAACGGCCUGGGAUGAUAUAACUGCAGUUUAGAGGAUUGCUUUGCGCUGGUAGGAAUAGUGCUCUGCUGUAGUUAAGCUCUUUUUAACAGAGAAAGGCCUGUCGGGAUAGACGCUACGCAGAUCGCCUAUAGGCUUUCAGAAAUACCCUUUUGUUAAUUUUGACAACAAACCGAUAUAUAGGCGAUAUAUAUAUACAAAAUCAAAUGUAAUUCAUAUAAACGCAAGUAACCUAUUCUGAGCUGCAGUGUACAGUUGUAGGCUAUAAGGUGGAAUCAUCUGCCCACUGCACGAGCAAGGUGACAGUAGAGUAGGGUUGCAGUGUGAGCUAGUUCUCUGUGACAGAAGGACAACAACCAUGGCUCUGCCAGAUAACACCCCAGGCAUUCCUGUAGUGGAGGAAGUCAUCUUCCCUGAGAUAGUAGAGCUGAACGUGGGCGGCCAGGUGUACAUCACCCGCUACUCAACCCUCAUCAGCGUACCAGACUCUCUCCUGUGGGAGAUGUUUAGCAGGAAAACCACCAAAGGGCUGGCGAGGGACACCAAGGGCCGUUUCUUCCUGGACAGGGAUGGUUUCCUGUUCCGGUAUAUUCUGGACUACAUGAGAGAUCAGCAGCUGGUGCUCCCUGACCACUUCCCAGAGCGGGGUCGCCUGCAGCGGGAGGCUGAGUUCUUCAACCUACCUGAGCUCAUAAAGAUCCUGGCGCCCAAACUCAGCAAGCAGAACUCGCUGGGUGACGAGGGGUGUCAGAGCGACCCGGAGGACUCCUCGCCGGGCAUCGACACCGGGCGCAACCUGGCCUCGCUGGGCACUGCCGCCUGCGCCAGUCUGGUCCCCAGUGGAGACGGUAAACGCUCGGGAUUCAUCACCAUCGGUUAUCGCGGCUCCUAUACUUUGGGGCGCGACAGUCAGUCCGACGCCAAGUUCAGACGUGUUGCUCGCAUUAUGGUCUGUGGCAAGACGUCGCUGGCUAAAGAGGUGUUUGGGGAGACGCUGAACGAGAGCCGUGACCCAGACCGGCCCCCAGAGCGCUACACGUCACGCUACUACCUCAAAUUCACCUUCCUGGAGCAGGCCUUUGACAAGCUGGCAGACGCCGGGUUUCACAUGGUGGCCUGUAACUCCACGGGGACCUGCGCCUUCGCUCACGAGCAGACGGACGACAAGAUCUGGACCAGCUACACUGAAUACGUGUUCUACCGUGAGUGAGACCAUCAUCAGCCCUGGUCCCCGGGCCCCCAAGUGCUCCCCAGCCUCCAGCCCCUCUCCCGUUGCCUCCCUGGAUCCAGCCCUGGGUCCUCUUGCCUCCUGGACCCCAGCCUACAGCCCCUCCUAGUUCUUUGACCCCCCUUUGUGCUCCCUAGCCUCCAGUCCUUGGCUCCAACCACCAUGUGCCCCCACCCACUCUCCCAGCCUCCAGCACUUGGAUUCCUGCCUCAAGCCUCCCUGGCCCCCAGCCCCAUGGGCCCCUGCCUCAAGCCCCCUGGACCCCAGCCCCAUGGGCCACAGCCCCCUGCUUCAAACAUCCCUCCUCCAUAUUUCUUUAUGACCCAUCAGCUGCCUUCCUUACCGCCUCUGCUGUCCCCUCUUCUGAUCCUUCUAUAAACGGACCAUCGCCCCCCCAAGCCUCCGCACCAAGCCCCAGAGACCCAACUGCCUCCCCCUCCAUGUACUGUCUCCUUCUCCUGUAUAUAGUAUCUGCCUCAGUGAAGCACAAUGCUGUGUGUAAAAUAGCUUAUUUAGUCCAAUUCAAGCCCUUCCUGGUCUGUGUUUAACUAAUUGCAGAACUCAGAGAGUAGGCUGGAGGGGCCUAUUGGAAAAGAGCUUAGCCUGAAGCGGCCCCUGGUCGGCACUAUUUUGUUCUGAAUCAAGCCUCUGCUGUUGCUUACUCCAGCAGAUCAGACUCCACUCUUCUCCCUCCUACUCCUCCGAACAAAAAAUGUCCGAUUAAUGUGACAUCUAAGCAGCCUAGAGGAAUGAGCGAGAGAGUGGCCAGCCCGGCACAGAGCAAGAACCAAGUGUUACACAAACUGAAGUCUUUCGCUUCCAUUCUUCCUUCUCCUACUUCUUAUUUCCAUUAUGAUAUGUCUGUGACCAAACUGUUGGGAAUAGACCGUUCAGUUCUACUAUUCAAAUGAUUUAACAUCCCCCGCCACCCCAAUGUCGUGGAAAGGGAAUAAUACCUUAGCUUUGAAGUCUCUGCUUGUGAAGACAACUAGCUAACAUGAUGCUAUCUUGUCUCACAAAAAGCACAUUGUACUCCUUAUAAGGGAAAAGAGCGCCUAUAUGGACCAAUAGCAUCCUCUCAUGUUGCUAUUCUUGUACGAGAGUCAAAACCAACAAACACGGAAAGAAAACGUUGAGAAAAGAAUGACUCAACUCAACUCAAAAAGAUCAAGUUGUGUAUUUGACUGCAGAAAGAGAAAAACAAGGGGUUUAAGGGUUUUAAGUGGAUGGUGAGGGUUUGUCUGAAAUGGCACCCUAUCCUCUAUGUAGUGCACUACAUUGACCAAAGUCCUCUGUGGGCCCUGCUCAAAAAAAGUGUGCUACAUAAGGAAUAGGGGUGCUUGAUGAAGUGUGUUUAUUGAUUGUGUGACGGAGUGUUGACUAUUCUAAUCGCCCAUGCCUGGAAGACCAGAGGAGAUGUGAAGUGUUACAUCACAAUGUCCACAAAACCUCUCCUUCUACUCCUCCUCCUCUUCCCCCUCUUCUUCCUUCUCCUCUUCCUCCUCCUCCUCCUCUUCCCCCUCUUCUUUCUUCUCCUCCUCCUCCUCCUCCCC